UCCCCCUUCCAAUUAAAACCACAGAUCCAUCCCAAAACCUAAUCCCUCUUUCUAAAUCGCACGCGCUCGCUAGCUUCAGCUCAGCCUCUACACAAAUUCUCUUCAAAGGAAAAAAUCAGCAGAGAUGUUUGGGAGAGGGCCGCCGAAGAAAAGCAAUAACACCAAGUACUAUGAGAUAUUGGGCGUGGAGAAAAAUGCUUCGCCGGAUGAUCUGAAGAAGGCGUAUCGUAAAUUAGCGAUUAAAAAUCACCCCGAUAAAGGUGGAGAUCCGGAAAAGUUUAAAGAGAUUGCGCAAGCGUAUGAAGUGUUGAAUGAUCCAGAGAAGCGUGAGAUAUACGACCAGUAUGGUGAGGAUGCAUUGAAGGAAGGAAUGGGUGGCGGAGGUGGCGGUGGUCAUAACCCGUUUGACAUCUUCGAAUCCUUUUUUGGUGCUAGUGGUAACCCUUUUGGAGGUGGUGGAGGUAGUAGAGGACAAAGAAGAGUAAGAAGGGGAGAGGAUGUUGUUCAUCCCCUAAAGGUUUCGUUGGAUGAUUUGUACAACGGGACAUCAAAGAAGCUCUCUCUUUCUCGGAAUGUUCUUUGCCCCAAAUGCAAAGGUAAAGGGUCGAAAUCUGGAGCUUCGAUGAAAUGUUCGGGCUGUCAAGGAGCAGGGGUGAAAGUCUCUAUGAGGCAGAUAGGCCCGUCAAUGAUUCAGCAGAUGCAGCAUACUUGCAGUGACUGCCAAGGCAGCGGUGAAAGAAUUGCCGACAAAGACCGCUGCGCGCAGUGUAAGGGCGAGAAGGUUGUGCAAGAAAAGAAGGUUUUGGAAGUGGUCGUCGAGAAAGGCAUGCAACACGGCCAGAAAGUCACCUUCCCAGGCGAGGCCGAUGAAGCGCCCGACACUGUCACGGGAGAUAUUGUGUUUGUACUUCAACAAAAGGAGCACCCUAAGUUUAAACGAAAGGGCGACGAUCUGUUUGUCGAACACACCUUGACACUUACUGAAGCACUGUGUGGUUUUCAGUUCAUCUUGACUCAUUUGGACAAUCGGCAACUCCUCAUUAAAUCUGAAUCCGGUGAAGUUAUCAAGCCUGAUCAAUUCAAGGCGAUUAAUGACGAAGGAAUGCCCAUGUACCAAAAGUCAUUCAUGAAAGGGAAACUUUACAUACAAUUCAGUGUGGACUUCCCAGAAUCUUUGAACCCCGAGCAAAGCAAAGCUAUCGGCACCGUACUUCCCUCGAAGUCUACAAAUCAACUGACGGAUAUGGAAUUAGACGAGUGCGAGGAAACAACUUUGCAUGAUGUGAACAUGGAAGAAGAGAUGCGUAGAAAACAGCACCAGCAUGCACAAGAGGCUUAUGACGAAGAAGACGACGACAUGCACGGAGGUGGCGCUCAGAGGGUGCAGUGUGCUCAGCAGUAAUUUCUGUGAGGGGCUGCGGUGAGUUGAGAACUGAACUCACUGGUUUGCGGGUUCGAUGAGGGUUUUAGGGCGAUGCGAUAGUAUUUUAUGCUUGUUUGUUGUAGUUUAUGGCUGAUUGCUUAUGUGUACUGAAGGGAUAUUUUAUUUGAUGCAAAUGGAAUGUGUUGGAGACAGUUAUUCGGUAAAGUCAAUAGGACCAUUUCUUGAAGUUUGCUAAGAAACUUCCGAGACUUGUGGAAAUCGAAUUCGCUUUCUUUUAGAUUGAUCACAUAUAAGUGUACUAUUACGGAUAUUUUGAAAAAUCUGUGCGGAUAGUACGGAUUUUGCACUUGUCGUUGGCCA